AUGGACGACUUCAACAGCGAGACCGACAGUGACUACACCAGCUACUGGCGCGAUUGGUUCAUCUCUUCCCGCGGUAAUGAGUACUUCUGCGAAAUCGAUGAAGAAUAUCUCACGGACCGGUUCAACCUGACUGGCUUGAACACCGAGGUUCAAUACUACCAAUAUGCCCUCGAUUUGGUUACGGAUGUCUUCGACCUCGACUGCGAUGAUGAGAUGAGAGAGGCCAUCGAGAAGUCUGCAAGGCACCUUUACGGUCUGGUGCAUGCUCGAUACAUUGUCACCACACGAGGCCUGGCCAAGAUGCUGGAGAAGUUCAAGAAAGCCGACUUCGGCAAGUGCCCGCGCGUAAUGUGCGAUGCUCAGCCGCUGCUGCCCAUGGGCCAAUCUGACAUCCCCAACACGUCACCGGUCAAGCUGUACUGCGCCCGUUGCGAGGAUCUCUACAACCCCAAGUCUUCUCGCCACGCCUCCAUCGAUGGCGCCUACUUCGGCACUUCGUUCCACAACAUCCUCUUCCAGGUCUACCCCGCCAUGCUCCCGCCCAAGUUUCAACGCCGCUACGAGCCUCGUGUGUUUGGCUUCAGAGUGCAUGCUGCCGCUGCUCUACAGCGAUGGCAAGAUGACCGUAGGGAAGAGAUGAAGCUACGACUGAGGAAGACCGGUGUUGAGGUCGGCUUCGAGGAUGAAGACGAUGAAGGUGACUUGGAUGACAUGGAUGAGGAGGCAGAGGGCUACGAGGCAACCCUGGCAGCACGAGAGGCACAGCUGUAA